GAGGCUCUGAAAAAAGAAGCUCCGCGUCUUGUCCCCUCUCUGUCCAUGAGAGAUGGAUUUAUUUUGGUCAUCUUGGCACAGAUCCUAACCUUUCUUCUUUUCGAGAGAGCGGUAGUGUCAAGACUUGGACACCAUGAGGAGACUGCUAAGAGACGCCUUUCGAGGCUUGACUGAGGAUGACAACAAUCGCCGAGCCCCGGCGCAGGCCAGUCAAGCUGGUCCUUUUCACGGAGGCCCUAUCCCUCCUCCUCAGGGCUCGCAGGGCCAGGGAAUGUGGCCGCCGCCCCCCGGAAUGUGUCCGCCUCCAGCCCUUGGGACCGCAACGAGCCAUCAUCUUCCGCCUUCCGGGACGUCCGUAUACGGAUCACCGCCGCCAGCGCACGGAAUCGGCGUUCCGCAACCCCUCACUGUUCCAUAUCAGCCUCGCCCGAGUCUGGCUGGAUUCGCCAACCCCCAGCACCAUCACCAUGGCCAAAUGGCCGGCAUACCGGCCCCCGCCGGCAUGGAGUAUUGGUAUUCGCAGGUGGCCAUGCCUCCGCGGGGACAGCAGCCAGCCAUGAUCUCUCCUCCAGCCGUGUUGCCUCAGUCGAGUGUAGCGCCACAACAAACCAUGACGCGGGGACCAUUGCCCAAUAUUCCCACUGCAGGCACGGGCAAUACUUCCAGCAGUCAGGGAGCACAUUCCUCCGUUCUCACGCUGCCAGUUCGACCCGCCGCUCCGGAGACACCAGGCCAGCUUCACUGUCGCUGGUGCCAGAAAUGCAAACGAGGGCUGGCAUAUUGCACUCUUAGCUUCAUCUGCACGACGUGCCGGGCCUGGCUCUGCCCAGGCUGCAGCGAGGUGCAUCGACGGACACACAACAAAGAGUAUGUGCGCGCUGAGCUGCGGCAAUGGGGGGCCGCGCCGCCGCCGUCCUUUUCCAAUGCCGAGGCCAUUUGCGUUGUCUGCCCCGGAUCCAAGGAGGUGCGGGCCCGGAUGCAAUGCAAAUACUGCUCUUACGCCUUGUGCCUGUCGUGUUGCAGCAACUCUGUCGCCCUCACCAUGUUCCUCGGCCCCGCUCACAGCUUGCGGCACAUGUCCCUGGGGAAGAAGGCUGUGGACAUCGAACUGCUCGUUGUGUAUCCGGAGAGCUGGUUUGUGACGGAGAAGCGUAGGUCCCAGGCAUAUCACUGCCAGGAACGCCCGACGGCCAUUAUGCAUUGCUAUAGGUGCCAUCUUCUAUAGGACAGCACGUGCAAUGGUGUCGCGGCUGCUUCUCCGACUGGGGUAUCAAUCAGUGGCUUUGCGGAACGUGCUUCGAAGAGGAACUACACCGAGGCCAACAGCAGAAGCUUGAGCAGCAGCCGGGCCUG